AUGUUAAAUUCUGUGUUAGAAGGAGCUAAACAUGCAGCAGCUGAAGCAACAGCAAAAGGAAUAAGAAUGGCUGCUAAAGCAGUUGCCUCAAAGCAAUCAUUGCCUCUUGGAGAAGCUGGGGAAGCUGUUGAAGAACAAUCCAAGAUGGGAGGAAUUAAUAAAAAUUUGAUUAAUAGACCAGCAUUGGUAAAACGGUUAUCGCCUGAUUUUAUGCGUGCUGUAGUUCAAGAUGGGUGUGAACUUGCCCGUUGCCAGCUAAUUUGUAUUCGAGUAAAAUUUGAUGCAAAAUGUGGAGGUUCUGCCGGAACAUUGCUUUCUGAAGCUUUUGUUAGACCUAUUUCUCAAGCACAAGAAUUUUUAAGUUAUGGCAGUAUUGCUCCAUUUAUGGGGGCAUUUUUACCACAUCAGUUAAUUAAUAUAGAAAAUUUUUUGAAUUUUUUUAAAAAAAUCCCAGAUGUGAUUUUAUGGUAA